AUGGAAGAAAGCCGUCGGACAAGUCCUACGCCUCAGAGUCCCACAGCACAACGGAGACUCCAAGCCUGUGAAAGAUGCUGGAAACGGAAGCAGAAGUGUGACAGGCUGCUGCCGGGGUGCACAGCCUGCAUUGAAGCAAAAGCCAAGUGUUGUCCACGAAGCGUCCAGUUGGGGGGCACCACAGAGGAUGCAAGCGGACUUUCCAAUGCUGCGCUUCCAGACUACAUUGAGACGCUUAAAAGAAAGGCGGAGGAUCUGGACGAUCAGUCUCGGCGUCGACGACCUCGUUUAUCAACCAACACAAGCGAUGGGAGGCCGUCGCUGCCAUCCAAUGGCCCGACAGAGGCUGCACAUGAUAGCCCACAAGCCUCUCACGACACUCCUUUGACGGAGCAAACCAGUCUCACUGAAAGAUCGGUGCAGGCAGCUAUGGGAGAGAUUGAAUUUUUGUCCCGCAAUGCUAUGGCAGAGCCCCGUGGUGAGGCAAGUGGAUUUCCCCAGGAACUAACAAUAGGAAACAUGAUAAAAGCCUCCCUUGCUAUUUCAGGGAAGGACCCAACACAGUCUUCAUGCCCUUUGUCUCAAAAGUCGAAGUACAGCAACAUGUUGGGGCAGACCCCUACACUUACCAGAGAAGUUGUGGCUGAUUGUACGGGCCGUUUCUUUGGGCAUACCAAAGCCCUCUGCCCCUACAUUGACGAGGGUGAGAUGCUGGAAUAUCGUGACGGGUUCUUCGAUAGUAGCCAUGUGUCUCAUACAACUUCGUAUACCGGCUUCAGGGAUUUCAACGUGUAUAUGGCAACAGCUAUUGGGAUGCUGCUGUCUCCCGAAUCUGGCAUCGAACUGUUCGCCAGCAGUUUGCACAGCGCGGCCAUGCAGAGCUUCCCUACUAUCCUAGGCAGUAACGAUGACUUGAACAUGUUGCAUUCUAUGCAAUUGAUGAUCAUUUACUCAAUGUUCUCCUCGAUGGGGGGAUCCACAUGGCAUCUUGUUGGCCUCGCCAUGAAGAAGGCCAUAUCGUAUAGGUUCCAUAAAGAGCCGCUUUCCGACAUCGGAAUACCGGAGCAAAAGCUCAAUCGGAGAAGAAACAUAUUUUGGAACUUGUACAUACUUGAUAGAACUAUUAGCUGCGCAAUGGACCGGCCAUUCAGCAUUGAAGAUGAAGAUGUUACGCUUCAGCUUCCAUCUCAUGGAGACAGUCCACCAGACGCGCUCGACUUUCCGGCGUACGUUGUCAUGCACGCUCGAUUAAUAUCUAAGAUGCGAGGCUCUUCACAUCAGCAAUCAAUUUUCCACUACGGAAGUUUCUCCUACUGGAGAGAUAUACCUAGGGGGGCGAUGGGUUCUAAUAUACCACCGACUUCCUCCAGAACAAUACGGCAGCUCACCUGUAGGUCCAUGGUCUGCCUGGCGCAAAUCAGUGGAUUUGAGCGAAACGCAACCAGGGUUUUUGGGACCACACAUACUAUUCGGCAGGAUAUAAUAAACACAUGUAGUGAAUAUAUCAGUAAUGAGUAUUUGGCGGUGGAGGAUGGCUGCUUCAAGGGAUCAUUCGUUGAUGCCUUCGAUAUCUUUUCUGCAGGCGUGGUUCUUAUCUGCCUGGGAAAGAUGUCGCCAGCUUCCGAUGUCCCGAAUGCAGCCAUUGUUCUCAACAAAUGUACUUCUCUCUUGACCCUUCUCGGAGAGAGAUUUUCGGCACUUAAAGCACUUUGCAGAGUGCUCUGGUGCUUGCAGGAGUCAGCAGACAUGGUGAUUGAGUUACCGGAAAUAGUCCCUCACGCCCUUCGAGUGAUGAUCGAAGGUACGUUUCGAAGUAGUCGCCCAGUUCGUUGA